UCAGGCCUUUGGGCUAAGUUUAGUCUGACUAAUAUGGGAAUACUUGGUCUCACAGUCUUUGGAGUCACAAGAGCAUCAAGACUUAUGUUCAAGAAGAUUGAUAUAUACAAACAAAAGGGGUUGGCCAAGGAAGUUAUUAUAUCAAAAGGAUUCGCCAGCUGGAACCUCCCACAGGUAUUUAGUUAGCUAAUUUUGGUGAUUUUAGGCUCAAAGUAAGAUAUUUAGUGAUUUUUAAGAAGCAAAUCAGCCAAAAGUUCUCAAAUUUUUGGUCCAGGAAGGACAAAAAUAUCGUAUGGAUUAUUUCUCAUGUCCUAUGAUAGUCAAUAAAGAGCAGUUAGAAGAGGUGGUUGAUGAUCAAUGAACCUCAGUUCUUGGCACGGUUAGUGGGGUUUAUCAUGUCCAGAAGCCUCUACUUAUACCUCAAAGAUGGCAUAAAGAUACUGAGGGUGAAUUGGAGCUAUUUAACUUAGAUGACGUGUUCCCAGAGACACAUGCCCAUACGAAUAUAGUCACAAAGUCUCUACGGGGAUUAUUCGAGUCAUUUGUGAGAAGCCAGAGGCUGCAUGGGCCUGUUUCCUUCACUGUGUAUCAAAAUGUUUUUGAAGCCUACAAGGUUAUUUACAUAACUGCUCAGUAA